AUAGCUUCGCUGAGCCGGACGCUGCCCUCUCCGCCUUCACUGCUGCCUUGUUGAAGGAAGUAAAGUCUGUCAAACAUGAGUUUCCACUACGGCCAGGGCUAUCCAGGAGGAGGCAACCCACCACCAGGUGGUCAGUACGGGGGAGCCAGUGGUCCCUAUGGGCAUCAUCCCUCAGCUCCAUAUGGAGGUCAUGCACGUCCACAAGGAGGACCCUAUGGCGCUUAUGGAGCCCCUGGUCAGGGAGGGCAGUACGGGCAUGGACAAGGGGUUGCCCCUGGCGGUCCUUAUGGGGGUUAUGGGGGACAACCUCAUGGUGGACAUUAUGGACACCAUGCUCCUGCAGGUAACAUCCCUCCUGGCGUUAACCAAGAGGCAUACCAGUGGUUCCAGACUGUUGACACAGACCACAGCGGCUUCAUCAACGUAAAGGAGCUGAAGCAGGCACUUGUCAACUCCAACUGGUCUUCUUUUAAUGACGAGACCUGCCUCAUGAUGAUCAACAUGUUUGACAAGACGCGGUCAGGGCGAAUGGACCUGUUUGGCUUCUCAGCACUGUGGGAGUUCAUGCAGCGGUGGAGAGCGCUCUUUCAGCACUAUGACAGAGACCGCUCAGGCUGUAUCAGCGGCACAGAGCUACAGCAAGCUCUUGCUCAGAUGGGCUACAACCUCAGUCCCCAGUUUUCAGAGACGUUGGUGCGACGCUUCUCUGUGCCAGGCAGCCGACCCGGCAUUCAGCUGGACCGCUUCAUCCAAGUCUGCACCCAGCUCCAGACCAUGACACAGGUGUUCAGGGAGAGAGACACGGCCAUGACGGGCAACAUCCGCAUUAACUAUGAGGAUUUCCUGUCUGGGGCCGUCACCAGACUCAUGUGAGCCUCAUUCCGCGGACAGUCCCUCUGCACUGUGGAUUCACAGCAUCAUUCCAUGUUCAGGUCAUAUUUUCAGUGUUUAAUGCUCUGCCAUAAGUGCCCCAGCCUGCUGGUAUGUAUACAGUAUAUCAGCCAGUACGCAUUAUUCCAUGGCUUGUUGCUGUAAGUAGAUAAAGCCUUACACCCUGCACCUGAUGGAAGUUCAGUGGCUCUUAUAAAGGUAGCUAAAGCCUUUACUGGAUAGCUUAACUUUCACCAGGGCAUCAGCAAGAAAGUGAUUGUGGCUUUAUAACAUCAGUCACCGUAUACUGAAGGUCCUUAAAACAGUAACCAUCUUACCAUAGAUGCCUUGAUGGCAGUUACCAGGUGUCUUGUUUACUAGUACCAGUACAGUGAUUUAAAAUGAUGAAUAGUUUAACUGAGAUACAAGUGAGCACUUGUUUACACAUGUUUAAUACACAGCGUUGACCUGGCAACCCUAGAGGAAGUAAUAGAUUAGUAAAUGAAAGAAUAACAAAAUCCACCGCAGAUGAUUUCUCUGGUCCUACAGUAGAAACCUGCAUUCCACUGCAUGACAAUGAUUCUGCUGAACUGCAAGUUCAUCUCCCGUGACUUUUCUCAGAUGCAGCAUUAACAUGUUCCCGUGCCAUCAAAAUGAUUUCAAAUUCUCUUUUAAGUGUAUGCAUAUCGGGAAUAUUCAGCAUUUCCAGAGGGCAUUUCCAUGCAAUGGUUGCACAUUGUAUUGAACAUUGCUUUGCAUUGCAAUGAGUGUAAUUAAGCAAAAAAAUUAAAAAAGGGGGGCUGCAUUUUAUAAUAUCAGAAUUCUCUCUCACACACUUAGUGGGAUUAUUAUUAUCAUUUUUGCCAAAUUGCACUGUAACUCAGUAUCAACCAUAAAUAAAACACUCCAGUGAGUUAUAUGUUCUGAAACCAGUAAACAUGCCAAAAUGAUUUGUAAUGCCAAAAACAAAUAAAUGCUUUUCUAUCACA